UUAGUAUAAAAAGUAGAUACCAUCAGCCCUGGUACACUUUCUUCCCAGACGGCUCCCAAGUGAGAGAUGAAAGGGGCACGAUUACUUCUCCUGGCCUUUUGCGUUGCAUCCACUGUUGCCGCAUGUGAUUAUCCAUUCAUUCCGGUGGGCUCCCUGUGCUACUACUUUUCCAGCGAAGGUGCAUCUUGGCACGAUGCCAGGCUAGCCUGCCAGAGCUUGGCAUACCAGUAUACCAGCCUGCCCGUCGAUUUGGCAGUGUUUGAUUACUUCCCAGGCGACUUCAUCCAUGUAUUCCACUACGUCUCCCUUCUAGGAAAUGAAACAUGGUGGAUCGGAGGAACUGAUGAAGGUCAUGAGAACUAUUGGGUUUGGGUUGAUGGACGCCCAAUAGACAUGCUCCAGAGUUACUGGCGCCCAGAUGAACCUGACGUCACUGAUAACCAGAACGCCCUUAUCAUCUGGUACGAGGGAAGUGAAAAAGUCCCUCGAAGGAGGAUUGGGGACUGGGUGGGUGAAAGAAGACACUUCUACAUCUGCCAGCUGGGUGUCAAGGCAGUCAUUUAGAAAAGUACAGUGGUAACUAACAAUAAAAAAUAAUAAAGA